CGACAGCGGAGCCGGGCCGGGGGCUCAGCGGGGUCCAGGGGCUGGGGGCAGCGAGCAGGGCGGCCCCAUGGCCGGGCCCCCCUGAGGCAGUUCGGGGGAGUCCCCUCCCCUCCCCAGCUCGGGGGUCUCCGGGCCCCAUGAGCCGGGGCGCGGGCGCGCUUCAGCGCCGGACAACGACCUACCUCAUCUCGCUGACCCUGGUUAAGCUCGAGUCGGUGCCUCCGCCGCCGCCUUCUCCGUCUGCGGCUGCGGCCGGCGCCGCCGGUGCCAGAGGCUCCGAGACUGGGGAUCCUGGCAGCCCCCGAGGCGCGGAGGAGCCGGGCAAGAAGCGGCACGAACGUCUCUUCCACCGGCAGGAUGCGCUGUGGAUCAGCACCAGCAGCGCGGGCACCGGGGGCGCGGAGCCCCCAGCCCUGUCCCCGGCUCCAGCCAGUCCCGCCCGCCCAGUCUCCCCCGCUCCUGGCCGCCGCCUCUCCCUCUGGGCCGCUCCUCCGGGACCCCCGCUCUCCGGGGGGCUGAGCCCCGACCCCAAGCCUGGGGGCGCCCCCACCUCCUCCCGGCGCCCCCUACUCAGCAGCCCGAGCUGGGGCGGCCCGGAGCCCGAAGGCCGGGCGGGCGGCGGCGUCCCUGGCUCAUCCUCUCCGCACCCUGGCACCGGCAGCCGGAGGCUCAAGGUGGCGCCUCCUCCGCCGGCUCCCAAGCCUUGCAAAACCGUGACCACGAGUGGAGCCAAAGCCGGCGGGGGCAAGGGCGCGGGUAGCCGCCUGUCAUGGCCCGAAAGCGAGGGCAAGCCCAGGGUCAAGGGGUCAAAGAGCAGCGCAGGGACUGGAGCUUCUGCCUCUGCCACCGCCGCCGCCGCCGAGGGAGGGGGCGCUACAGCUGCGACCUCUGGUGGGGUUGGGGCUGGGGCCGGAGCCCGAGGGAAGUUGUCUCCUCGGAAAGGCAAGAGUAAGACCUUGGACAACAGUGACUUGCAUCCGGGACAGCCUGCCGGUUCUCCUCCUCCGCUAACCCUCCCACCAACUCCGACUCCAGCCGCUGCUGUCACCGCCGCUUCCGCGCAGCCCCCUGGGCCUGCACCUCCAAUCACUCUGGAGCCUCCAGCUCCAGGGCUGAAACGGGGCCGGGAGGGGGGCCGAGCGUCCACUCGUGAUCGCAAGAUGCUCAAGUUUAUCAGCGGCAUCUUCACCAAGAGCACAGGAGGGCCUCCUGGCUCCGGGCCCCUUCCCGGACCCCCCAGCCUGUCUUCUGGCAGCGGGUCCAGGGAGCUGCUGGGCGCCGAGCUCCGCGCUUCCCCUAAGGCUGUGAUCAAUAGCCAGGAAUGGACUUUGAGCCGCUCCAUUCCUGAACUGCGCCUGGGUGUGCUGGGCGACGCCAGGAGUGGGAAGUCAUCGCUCAUCCACCGAUUCCUGACCGGUUCAUACCAGGUGCUGGAGAAGACAGAGAGUGAGCAGUACAAGAAAGAGAUGUUGGUGGAUGGGCAGACACAUCUGGUGCUAAUCCGAGAGGAAGCUGGGGCACCUGAUGCCAAGUUCUCAGGCUGGGCAGAUGCUGUGAUCUUCGUCUUCAGCCUGGAGGAUGAGAACAGUUUCCAGGCUGUGAGCUGUCUCCAUGGGCAGCUGAGUUCCCUUCGUGGGGAGGGACGAGGAGGCCUGGCCUUGGCACUGGUGGGGACACAAGACAGGAUCAGUGCUUCCUCCCCUCGGGUGGUGGGAGAUGCUCGUGCCAGAGCUCUGUGUGCGGACAUGAAACGCUGCAGCUACUAUGAGACCUGUGCAACCUAUGGGCUUAAUGUGGAUCGGGUCUUCCAGGAGGUGGCCCAGAAGGUGGUGACCUUGCGCAAGCAGCAACAGCUUUUGGCUGCCUGCAAGUCCCUGCCCAGCUCCCCAAGCCACUCAGCUGCAUCCACUCCAGUAGCUGGCCAGGCUAGUAACGGGGGCCACACUAGCGACUACUCUUCUUCUCUCCCAUCCUCACCGAAUGUUGGUCACCGGGAGCUCCGAGCCGAGGCAGCUGCAGUGGCUGGAUUGAGCACCCCAGGGUCCCUGCACCGGGCAGCCAAGCGUAGGACCAGCCUUUUUGCGAAUCGUCGGGGUAGUGACUCCGAGAAACGGAGCUUGGAUAGUCGGGGAGAGACAACAGGGAGUGGACGAGCCAUCCCCAUCAAACAGAGCUUCCUACUAAAACGAAGUGGCAAUUCCUUGAACAAAGAAUGGAAGAAGAAAUAUGUAACCCUGUCCAGUAAUGGCUUUCUACUCUACCACCCCAGCAUUAAUGAUUACAUCCACAGUACUCACGGCAAGGAGAUGGACUUGCUGCGAACAACAGUCAAAGUCCCGGGCAAGCGGCCCCCAAGGGCCAUCUCUGCGUUUGGCCCCUCAGCCAGCAUCAACGGACUCGUCAAGGACAUGAGCACUGUCCAGAUGGGCGAAGGCCCCGAAGUCACUACUCCCAUGCCAAGCCCCAGCCCCAGCCCUAGUUCCCUGCAGCCACCACCAGAUCAGACAUCCAAGCACCUGCUGAAGCCAGACCGGAAUUUGGCCCGAGCCCUCAGCACAGACUGUACCCCAUCUGGAGACCUGAGCCCCCUGAGUCGAGAACCCCCUCCUUCUCCCAUGGUGAAGAAACAGAGGAGGAAAAAAUUGACAACACCAUCCAAGACUGAAGGCUCGACUGGGCAGGCUGAAGAGGAAAACUUUGAGUUCCUGAUCGUGUCCAGCACGGGUCAGACGUGGCACUUUGAGGCAGCCAGUUUUGAGGAGCGGGAUGCCUGGGUCCAGGCCAUCGAGAGUCAGAUCCUAGCCAGUCUACAAUGCUGUGAGAGCAGCAAGGUCAAGCUGCGCACAGACAGCCAAAGCGAGGCCGUGGCCAUCCAGGCGAUCCGGAACGCCAAGGGGAAUUCAAUCUGCGUGGACUGCGGAGCCCCCAACCCCACGUGGGCCAGCUUGAACCUGGGCGCCCUCAUCUGCAUCGAGUGUUCUGGCAUCCACCGCAACCUGGGCACUCACCUGUCCCGCGUCCGCUCGCUGGAUUUGGACGACUGGCCACGGGAGCUGACCCUGGUGCUGACGGCUAUUGGCAACGACACGGCCAACCGCGUGUGGGAAAGCGACACGCAAGGCCGUGCCAAGCCCACGCGGGAUUCUUCGCGGGAGGAGCGCGAGUCGUGGAUUCGCGCCAAGUACGAGCAGCUGCUGUUCCUGGCGCCGCUGAGCACCACGGAGGAGCCGCUGGGCCGCCAGCUGUGGGCCGCCGUGCAGGCCCAGGACGUGGCUACCGUUCUUCUGCUUUUGGCCCAUGCGCGACACGGGCCGCUCGACACCAGCGUAGAGGACCCACAACUCCGCUCCCCACUCCACCUGGCUGCCGAGCUCGCCCACGUCGUCAUCACGCAACUGCUGCUGUGGUACGGCGCGGACGUGGCGGCCCGUGACGCCCAGGGCCGCACGGCGCUGUUCUACGCCCGUCAGGCUGGAAGCCAGCUGUGCGCCGACAUCCUUCUCCAGCACGGUUGCCCGGGUGAGGGCGGCAGCGCGGCCACCACGCCCAGCGCGGCCACCACGCCCAGCAUCACCGCCACGCCGAGCCCCCGCCGCCGGAGCAGCGCCGCUAGCGUGGGCCGCGCCGACGCCCCGGUUGCGCUGGUAUAGUUGCCCAGUGGGAGAGACACCCCCACCCCCACGCGGGCUGGGCACGACCACACCGCGCGGACCGCUGGACAGACGCACCCACUCACCUCUCCGAUCCGCACCCAGCCCCACGGGAGCACUUCCUACCCCCACGAGGGCACAGCCCCCACGCCUCCCAGAAGACACAAACUCACCUCCCUCUCCCCAACGAGGCAUGGAGACCCCAGCUCAACACGCCCCCUCUCCACUGUUUCCACACUCGGAUUGCUCUGGGUCUACCCGCUCGGGUUUCGCGGAAUGGGACGUUCCCCGCGGUACGGGCUCCUGGGCGCUUGGACAUGCCCGCUUGUGCCCCCUAGGGGCGGGAAGAAGACCCAGUCCUGCCCGAACUCAACAAUCCCAGGGCGGGAGCCCAUACCCAGGCUGGCUCCUGGGGCGACGCCACGCCAGAGGGAGGGUUUAGUACGUGGGAGGGCUAGCCCUGGGACUUGGGGCCAAUAUGGAGACCCUACCGCUUCCAUACUCAUCUCACUGCCCAGUGAAGGGGGCAAGGGCAGCGAGGGGCAGGACCCCUGCUGCUCAUGGGGGUGGGGGGUUCCCAACCCUUUCCGUGAAAGGGACCGUGAGUAGUGGAAACAAGGACGUCCCCUUACACCUACCCAUGGGUGGAAGCUAAAGAGUCGGGGGGAGCCAAGAGUCUGGGUCCCUCCCACUACUAUCUUGGGAGGGAGAAGGGAUGUAGCAGGAGCGGGCUAAGGGGGCCUUGUAAUUUAUUGCUUUGUUCCCCAACAUGGGGGUGGGGUUGGGCAGGGGCGUGGGGAGGGCGUUUUGGGGUAGGGGAAGCCCAGGGUGGGCAGGGGGUGGGGUGGGGUGGGAGUGCUCUCGGGUUGUGAGUGUCUGUGACCGUGACUGCGUACCUGUGACUGUGCAGCGCCCGUGGUGAUCUGGGGUAGGGGGCACCCCUAAAGUGGGACCCCUCCCCCAUUAUUCUUUCUGUCCAGCCCCUCCCUCCCACUGGAGCAGCUCCAGAGCCAUUCCUCACCCCCGUGACCUCUCCCAGCCAGGGCUGAGAGGAUUCGAGGUGGCUGGGAGGGUUUCCAGGCCCCCUGCCCCAUCCCCGCAAAGUGGGUGGUAGGGCGGACUUGCCUGGCCCAGCCCUGCCUCCCUCAGCCAACCCAGCCCUUGGGCUGUCUGUGUCAGUGGUUUCCGGUCUUUUUUUUUUUUUUCUGGCUAAAAUAGUUUGCAAAGGACCAGGUAAUUGGGAAGGGGAGAGAGGUGGGGGCAAGGGGGGAAUGCCCACCCAUCUCCUUGGAGGCAGUGGUGUGAAUCUUCUUCAACAGCAAUUAAAGAGGAAGUGAUUUUGUCUAGGGGGUGAGCUGCUGUUCUGUUCUUGGAGGCAGGUCAGGGCAUGGCCUUGGUCAAGGUGGGGUACUGGGGUGGGACAGGGACAGGCAGAGGUGCCUCCCACUGGGGCUGGUGGCAGGACAGUACCCAUGGGCAUGGAGGUAGUUCCAUUAUGUACAACAGUUCUGGGUUCAUGUAGUGGAGGACAUGGCAGGUUGGAGUCAGUGGGGACCCUGGGAGCAGAGAAGGCACUGACUCUUAAGAUGAUGCCAGUCCCGGAAGAGUUGGGAUAUGGUACUUAGAGGCCAUGGAGAGGGUGAGAAGAUGGGACAGCUUUGGUUAAGAGCAGGAACUUUGGAGACAGAUCUGAUUUUGAAACCUGCCCCUCCACUUCACAGCUAGAUGACCUUGGUGGCAUCUGUUUAUCUGUAUUCUGAACAGUAUCUGUUCAGAGGGCACCUGAAAGGCGCUCCAGCUCUGAGGAGGGCUGCCCCAGGCCAGCCUGCUCACCGUGAGCACUAGGUACCAGAGUAGAACAUAGAGUAGGGGUUCCUCCCCUGGCCCCUCAGGGGGUGCUCCAGAGGGAAGGGGUGGGAGACCUCGGAAAGAUUUCCCAGCUGGCUGCAGAGGUCCUUGGUGUCCACAAACUCAGUGUCAGCUGAUGCAGGCAUUUAUCCACCUCCGUGCCAUCAAAGGGACCAUCAAGGCCACAGUGGCCUGAAGCCGGUGCUGCCUUGUGAGCUGCAGUGCCGCUAGGCUCAGCACAUAGCCAAUCCUACCAUUUCUCCAGGGCAGCUGAAAGUGUUUUCUCAGGUAGAGGGGCUGGACAGGGUAGGGUUGGGUCAGCAGCCAGUGCAGGUUGGGCAUAGCCAUAUGUUGUUAUCUACUUUGAGGAGUUAGUUGGUAGCACCAGCAUCUUUGGGUAGAAUUGCUUCUGACCUUUGGUGCCCACCAGCCCCAAGAUGUUCAGGUGCAAGUGUGCCACUGAACUGAGGACACAGCACCAGACCUGAAUGCAGUUCACAUGAAGGCUGCGGCUCUGCAGGGUCCUAGUCUGUGACCACCCAGCACAGCGGCAUGACCCAGGAAAGGUGGAUUCAGCAGUGCAGGUGCAGUGACAAGUACAGAGGCAGGUGUGUGGUCUGGGCAAAGCGAGGAGAGGGGGAGGUAGCAAAGAAAAUUGGACUGGAGGACCCGGCCAUUCCCCCUUCACCUCCAAGACCCUGGACUCUUAUUUCAGCUCCACUCCUUCCUCGUGGUCAAAGUUUGCUCCCUUUUUCAGAAGUUUGGGAGUGUGAGAGAAUAUGGGGAGGAAAUAGGGACCCUGGAGAGAAUGAAAUUGCCUGCAAAGAGCAAGUGGGAAGGUCCUUUCGUUUCCAGCCAGUGAAAAAUGGUCAAGGUGUCAGCAAACCUCACAACAAAUCCUAACACCAA